UUGACAGGUACAUGAGCGCGUUUUUUUCGAUAGCUCGGCAAAUCAAUUAGAGUCCUACAAUCUUUCACACUGGGCGGUGGCAGGAAUAGCUCAUAAUGGUGUCAAAGAUCCUCUUCUGGAGCGGCUUCGGUGUGGCUGUGAGGAUGUGGCAGCUCGGCAUCCAAAUGGUCCCAAUUGUUCCAAGGACUGCCGGGCAAUGGGGAAUGUACCCUGUCUUUGCAGGCAUCGGCGGCGCCUUUGGGUACUGGCUCACAGGCGUGGAAGGCCACCAAAAGAAGUUCUUGCUUGAUCGACGAGAUGCCUUACUAGAGAAGAGAAGAAGAGUUGCGGAACGAGAGGCACAGGCUAAAGAUGGUGCGAGUUCCUGAAGGUGGCAGACCUGGGAGAUGAGGAUUUGAUAUGGAUGUGUUCAAGGUCAUCGCAGAGUAACGAUAUCGAAGAG